AAACCUGCACGUGCCUGAAGGUUUCCACCAGAAGCAGCUUCCGACGCGCAGACUGAGAGUUUCAACAUGAACCUUGAUGUGCCUCCAUCUGUGCUGCUGUUCAGCCUCUGCCUCCUCUUCCUGCCGUCACUCGCUACACUUCACCACGAGUCAGAUGAUUCAAAACUUCUCCAGGUAACCAUCCCCAUAAACCCGCCUGUGAUUGCUGUGCUGGGGGGCUCUUUGACUUUACCCUGCCUGGUGUCGCUGGCCCUCCCUCCUCCGUCCCCCUCCACCAACGGCCGUCACGCCGUGCUGACUGUGCCUCGGGUCAAAUGGAGCGUCCUGACUGAAGAUCGGGAGACAGAAAUCCUGGUGGCCCGCGGCGACCGGGUCAGAGUCAGCGAGGCCUACAAAGACCGAGCGUCGCUGCUCAAUUACGCCUACUCCCCUGCAGACCUGACGCUGCGCCUGCAGAACCUGAGGCAGAACGAUACCGGGUUCUACCGCUGUGAGGUCCAGCAGGGCCUGGAGGAUGCCGACGAUGUGGCUCAGGUCAAGGUCAAAGGAGUGGUGUUCCAUUAUCGCGACGCUUCCAGCCGAUAUGCUUUCACCUUUGAGCAGGCCAGGAAGGCCUGCGAGGAGAUCGGGGCUGAAAUAGCCUCCCCAGAGCAGCUGCUUGCAGCCUAUCAUAGUGGAUAUGAGCAGUGUGACGCAGGCUGGCUCUCAGACCAGUCUGUCAGAUAUCCCAUUCAGAUGCCAAGAGAGGGCUGUUUUGGAAACAUGGACGGCACGCCGGGUGUAAGGAACUACGGGCUGCUGGAACUUGAUGAGCUCUAUGACGUCUACUGCUACGUGGAGAAUAUUCAUGGUGAGGUGUUCCAUGGCUCCGCCCCCCAGCGUUUUACCUUCGGGGAGGCCAAGGCGUAUUGUGUGAGUCACGGUGCGGAGCUGGCCUCCACAGCUCAGCUCUACGCAGCCUGGAGCGAUGGACUGAACCACUGCAGCCCAGGCUGGCUGGCUGACGGGAGCGUACGCUACCCCAUCGUCAUCCCCAGAGAGCGCUGUGGAGGUGGCGAACCUGGCGUUAAAACCAUCUACAGAUACAGCAACCAGACAGGCUUCCCAGAUGUUCACUCUCAACACGACGUCUACUGCUUUAAUAGUGAUUACAGCCCUUACACCGAGUCUCCCCAGGGUUUUCUCGCCACUGAGCCAGAGGACAUUGGGCAAGACAUUAUUUUCCUAACCACUCAACAGGACGUCAGUCUGAGCGAGACGAUGUCAAAAGAGACGGAAGAGAUGAAUAACGCUCCAACAUAUGAUCCGACAAAGCAGCACAACGAGGCAGCGGUAAAAGAAAACCCUCCCCAGUUUGUCGCUCCCUCGUCUAAGCCUCGGGAGAACCCCUCCACCAAAGAUACAGGGGAGCUGGUAAAGGUCAGCCACCCCGACUCCUUUCAGCUGGCGCCUGAAGAAGACCCACACACAGAUCGUGAAGUUCCUCCAACUUCUCCAUCGUUUGAUGGUCUCUCUGUGGAUAACGAAACUUUUCUCACAACAGACGGAACAACGUUUGAAAGCACGCCGCCCACAGAGGAGCACAUUUCUGAAGCUAAAAGCCCAGACUGGUUGGUUUAUAGUCCCACGUCUGAAGCUGAUCUGGACGAAGAGCAUCAUGAGGGGAGCGACCUUCCUGUUUCACAAGAAGACCACACGACUGACGUCGCCUCGGAUCAUCCUUCUGUUACCGAGUCUGCUGUUUUAGGAAAGUUAGAAGAAGUCACCACUGACUCUGUUGUUGAGAGUUCCCCUCACACCGAGGAAGGUGGCGCUCGCUCCACCACCCCGCUGCCUUCAAUCACUAACAGCACGUAUGAAGAUCAGUCAGUAGAGUCUGAAGAGGAGACCAGAGACCUCACAGAUGAUAAUCUGAUGGAUUUGAACAUCUCUUCCAUCGCUGAAGAAGUCCCUGCUUCUAACUCGAGUUUCGACCCCAUUCAUGAGUCUGCUGUUAUGGUAAAUCACGACGACGACGACGAUGAUGAGGAGGAGUUCAAACACACUUCAGAUGGUCCGACAGAGCAGAGUGGAUAUGCGGAUCCUGUAGAAAUCCCAAGAGCAGAAGUCGUCCAGCUCACAGCUGAAAUAAACUCCAGCACUGAUGCUUCUGUUUUAAUAAAGAAGCUGUUUUCAUCGCCGGUCUCUGUAACUGUGUCUCCAUCGUCUGUGGAGGUUGAAGCCAGCUCUUCAGAGGCCGUAACGUUCCAGCAUGAAAGUGAUUUUUCAUCUGACGCUGAACCCCAGGAGGAGACUCGGGAUGAAACUGACCAGGAGGAUUUAGAAGAAAGCCCAUCAGUCCAGAACUUCACAGACGAUGGUUCAGGCGAGGGAGAAAGAGAGGAGGCGCAUGAAUCUUCGUGGGAAACGCCCCAAAGAAAAUCGGAGCUUUUUCUGACAAACCCGACUCUGUCCGCAGACCACACCUCUGAGGGAAUUAUUGACGAGGCUGGGACUAACGCACCGCCACAGUCAAAGACAAAAAUCACGCUGGUUCCUCAUCAGAGCUUCACCCCCAGCUGGGAGCCGGAGCCUUCGACCCAAACACCCGAGGAGUCUCUGUCGGAUCGGGAAUACAGCGCUGAGCUUCCUGUCCACGAGGAGUCUGACGAGAUCUCCCAGGAGCAGAGAUUCACCACAGCAGCAAGCAAAGCCCGCGCAGAACCUGUAACAGAGGGCCACGAAGCAGACCCCACCACCGAUGAGCCCUCAGGUAACAUCUGCACAUGGCUUCCUGAGGAGGAGGAGGCGUCCAGGUCAGCCUUCACCACCAACAGUGACGUGACCAUCACUGCCCCCACCGUCCACCCUGAGCAUUUUGGGGACGUUGUCAGGGAGCAUACGGCCAUGGGGCCCUCCCUGCCUGCUGAGAAGGUUUCUGCCACAAGCCAAGGAGACUCUUGCCUGGACAAUCCUUGUCUUAAUGGAGGCACUUGUGUUGACGGUGAAUCUUUACGGUGCUUUUGUUUACCUGGUUAUGGAGGACACUUCUGUCAAACAGAUAUGGAGGAGUGUGAGCCCGGCUGGGACAAGUUUCAGGGCUUUUGUUAUCAUCACUUCAGCAGACGGCAGAGCUGGGAGGCGGCGGAGCAGCACUGUCGGCUGUGUGGAGGACAUUUACUCUCCGUCAUGACUCCCGAGGAGCAGGACUACGUCAAUGAUAAAUACAGAGAAUAUCAGUGGAUUGGACUAAAUGACAGAACCAUUGAAGGAGACUUCCGCUGGUCUGAUGGAAACCCUCUGCUUUACGAGAACUGGUACAAAGGUCAGCCUGACAGCUACUUCCUGUCCGGUGAGGACUGUGCAGUGAUGGUUUGGCACGAUGGUGGCCGAUGGAGCGACGUGCCAUGCAACUACCACCUGUCGUACACCUGCAAGAAGGGCGCCUCCUCCUGUGGGGACCCCCCUCGGGUUCCCCACGCUCAGGUGUACGGGAAGAAGCGGUUGCGUUAUGAGACCAACAGCAGGGUGCGGUACUACUGCAAGGAAGGCUUUGUGCAGAAACUGAAUCCUGUUAUUACAUGUUUGCCUGGUGGUCAGUGGGAGGAGCCUCAGACUAUCUGCACGCCAACUCAUAAGUCAGAGGCAGACUUUGUUACCUCAGAGCCUAACCAGCGUGAAGACAGCACGGGCGCAGCUGCACAGAAAGCAGCUCCGCUCUUCUGGGACAUUAAGUGGAGUUCUUAAAGCCACCCUGUCUUCUAAAUGCAAAGAAAACAUCAUCCGUCCAUUUUUAUUCUACUUUUCUAAUGUCUCAGUUGAGUUUCCUUUAGAACUCCUUCAUUACGACUGAAUGUAUGAAUAAAAUAUUGUGUU